AUGGCUGCGAUUGAGGAAGAAAACGUGGAAAAUGAUGUCAAUGUUUCUAUCGUUUGGACAAAUACCAAGAUUGAAAUGCUAAUAGAAAAUGUUAAAAAAUACAAUAUUCUCUUCGAUGUCACAUAUAAAGAGUACAAGAACAAAAGUAUGAAAGAGAAUGCAUGGAAGAAAGUCGCUGAUGAACUGGAAUUUCCAGUUCACAUUUGUCAAACUAAAUGGAAAGGACUUCGUGACACAUUUACAGAAAAUGUUCGACGUGAAAAACUUCCAUCUGGAUCAGGAAGAAAGAAAGUGAUAAGAUGGAGGUGUUUCGAGCAUAUGCAGUUUGUAAGAGAUUGCAUUUCACACAGAACAAGUUCCAGUAACAUUGGUUUUGUGCCAACAUACAGUGAAAAUGAAGGAAAAGCUUGUCCAGAGAAAGGUGAAUGCAUUGAAAUUGAAUUACCAUUGCAAAGCAGUAGCACAUUGCCAUUGGAAGUUUCUUCUUCUGAAGUGUCAACCAAGAACAAAACUAGUACAGAGAAGCUAGAUUUAAAAAGAAUGCCAUCAAGUGUGCAUAAUUCUCCGAUAAAGAAGAAAAAAAAAUGUUGA